AUGUCAAACUCAUCACAACUCCGUUCGAUAGUGAUCAUAUCAAUCUGUGCAAUGUGCAUCAUUCUUUACCAAAGUAUGGAAUUAGCUAGUAAUUCUAAUAUUCCUAUUAUCACUAAUCAUUUUAUCAACACCGAUGGCCAAACAAUCACAUUAUCGAAUUAUGAAAGCUUACUAAGGCCUAUCGAUUUAGAUAAUAGUACAGCCAUUUUCAACUCGAUUGUGGAUGCCUUGAGACAAAGUUGCUCUGAUAUGCAUCCAGUUGGUCUUUCAUUUUUUCCUGCAGUUAUUCCACAGGGUACAUUAAUGUUCAGAGCUGGGACUAAAGAGAUUCCCAAAUCUUUUGAAUGGUUAGCAAUGGAUCCAGAGUUUAGUUAUAGUUUCGCUAGCCAUGGUAAGAAAUAUGGUAGAAAGAAUCUUGAAAGAUUUCCCUUCCCAAGAAAACCCAAGUCAGAGGAUAACUCUAAUGAUACAUCAGAAGAUGCUGAAUAUUAUUCAAAAUAUGAUUCCAAGAAAUAUGAUAAUGAGUAUAAUUCUAAGGUUCAUGAUGACAAAUAUGAAAAAACUGAUCGUAAUGCUCGUAGACAUUUAUUAACUUUCCGUGCCACUAGAGAUAUGAAUAAAUUUAUCUAUCUAGAUGGUGCAUCUGCUGCAAAGACAUUAACUGGAGAAAUGGAUAGUCAAUUAUUACUUUCCGAAGUGGCUAAAUUUAAAUUGGAUAUCCCUGAUGAAGGAGAUGUUGAUUCCCAUACUGCAGAAAGAGUUUAUGCUGAAAACAUUUGUAAAUGGGGGAAACCCUUUGGUUUAGAUGGGUUAAUUAGAGUUGAAAUUGGGUUCGAAAUCAUCUUAUGUGAUUUCUUUCAAGAUAAUAUUGAAUUGGUUUCCAACCUGGAUUUAGUGGAUUCUGCCACUUUACUAGGUUUACCCGAUCCAACUGAAAUAACAAAGGAAAACGGCUGGCCACUAAACGAAAAGGGUACUGCGCUAUUAGAAGAUCAAUUAACUGAAGAGCAAAAAAUGAUUUUAGAAAGGGAAGAUCGUUGGCAAUCUAUUUUGGAACAAUAUAAUGCUGCUCGUUCCUUAGAUUGGAUUCGUGCUGGUCAAAUUCAUGACUCUGGCGAACCAAGAAUUAAAUUAGAUUAUAGACAUAUGGUAACUGGUAUUAAUAGAACCACGAUGUCACCUAAUCCAUAUAGUAGACGUCUAUUGAAUGGGACUUUGAACUGGGAACAACAACUUGAUAUAGCAGCUGAAUUGGAAUCCAGUCUAUUAAUAGGUUACAAUUUUAGAUCAAGUAAUGAUUGGCAAACUCAAUUCAAUGCUGUCAUUGAUAAAUUUGCCCCAUUUUUGAAAACUUUAGAAAAAGUCAUCACCAAUGACACAUUAACAAACAAUGAAAAAGCCUUAUACACUACAAGAUAUACCUUAAAUUUCAUCAAUAGAUUUACACUAUCUUCAGGAGCUCCAAAUAAUAAAGAAUUGGCCAUUUAUGAAUAUUCUCAACCUUUACUGCCAUUGUCAACUGACCCAGAUUUCUUAAUUUGGUCUUCGUUAGUACGUGUAGUUAGGGAGAUUAUUGAUGUCAUUUACGAAACACACGAAACUUUAUUACCCCUUGUAAAAGAUCAUUUGAAUGAUAAUCAAUUAACAAACACCGAUGACAAAAUCGAUACUAUCUCAAGCCGCAUUCAAACUCUAAUUAAAACCUUAAAUUGGACUGUUUUAAAUUACACAUGUGAAAAAGUAUGUGGUUGGGAUGAAAUAUGUUAUACACCAUCUUGGGGACCAUCACCCUUUGGGUUUGGUCCUUCACCUAAUCAAAAAAGAUUUGGUACUCAUUUUGAUGAAGAAUUGCAAAGACAAGUCAUUGAUUCUGAAUUACAAUGUGUAAACAUCAAUGACUUAUUAAGCAGAAGUAGUAGUCACCCUUAA